AUGGCACCGACAUCGUAUCCUAUGGCUCUGGCAGCCCUGAUCCCACUGCCUUUGGACAUCAUCUUCACAGUGCUGCGCUUCUGGAUCCGGUCGAAAAGGAACGCGUGGGGGCCUGAUGACUGGGCCAUGCUGGUCAAUCUUCCGUUUUGGACGGUCAGCACCAUCGCCACGAUAGCCAUGGCAUGGAGCGGCAUUGGCGCCUACGACGGCUCACUCAGCGAGUACCAAUACGCCAACUCGCUGAUGUGGUUCUACAUCUUCCAGGAGCCAUGGUGCUUCGCGCUCAUCACGAUCAAAUGCUCGAUUGGCUUUGCGUUGAUCCGGAUUGCCAACGGCAAGAAGUGGAUCGAGUGGGUCAUCUACGCGUGCAUGGCGUCUUGCCUUGUCGUGAUGGGUGGAACUGGCAUGUAUCUGUUCUUCCAGUGUGCUCCCGUGCAGAAGAACUGGUUCACCACCAUGCCUGGCACGUGCGAGGACCGCAGCAUCCAAACGUCCUUGUCGUACGCAGUCGCCGUCGUCUCGAUUCUGAGCGACUGGAUCUUCGCCAUCCUGCCCGUCUUCCUGCUGUGGAACGUGCAGCUCGACUGGCGCGUCAAGUGUUCGGUGAUGGGCCUGCUAGGACUGGGUGUGUUUGCCUCCAUCGCGCCCAUUGUCCGCCUGAAGUUCCUCAUCGGAAUGAACGACCAGUCGCGUUUCCUGCAGAACCUCGGCUCGAUCCUAGCCUGGGCGUCUGCUGAGAUGAAUGUUGGCAUGCUUGUCGCGAACCUGCCGGCGUGUCGACCCCUUCUGGAACGCAUCAUUGUGCGCUUCUCGUCGUGGACAGGAAGCGGGAGCCGCUCGAUGGGUGGCGCCAAGAAGGCGCAUACGCACGGUGCCUCACGCACGGGGGCCAACGGCGCGUCGAAACAGUACCUGGAACUGGACGAGCGACCGGGCAGCACGACGUUGCAGAACUACCUGAAGAACGGACACAAGACGGGCGGCACGGGGGUAGAGACGCGGAUCUAUGGCGACCUUGACAACGACAGCAGUAUCAGUCUUGAUCGAGACGACGGCAGCCAGAAGCACAUUGUGGAGAAGCAGAGCGUCGACGGGUUCCGCGUCAACGUGCACAAGGACUUCAAGGUGGAGGUCAGUGGAGGCAAGCCGCUGCCGCAGACGCCAGGGCCAGAAGACCUGGUCUAG